AAUAGUAAAAAUAAGAGAGAAGAAAAAAAAAAAGAAAGGCAGUGAGAGUGUGUGUGUGGGACUCGAAGACUUUUCUCUCUCUCUUUUUCUUUGUGAGAAGAAGAGCUCCAAAUCAUAGCUCCAAUUAUUCCCAAAUCUCUGAGAUAUUUAUCUGCGCAACUUUGGGGAAGAAGAGAUCUUUUUGAGGUUAUUUAAGAUCAGUUUUGUCAUGGGUGAAGAAGAGACGGUGGCUAAUGGCACCGAAACAUUAGCAAAUGGUACUAGCAAGCUGCAGGAAGCCUGUGAAGCUGUGAGUGAGAAGAAAUGUGAGGAGAAUGUGGGUCUCAAAGAAAUGGAUGAAGAUAAGAAAAGUAAUGAGAAAGCUGAAGUUGAGAAAAUGGAUGAAGAUGUAGAGGUCAAUGGAAGCAAAGAUGAAAAAGUGAAAGAAGACACAGAGGAACCUAAAGUUGAGGAAAUUGAAUACAAAACUGGGGAUGAAUAUAAGAAAGGUGUUGAGAAAGCUGAAGUUGAAAAAAUGGAUGAAGACAGACAGGCAAUUGGAAGCAAAGGUGAAAAAGUGGAAAAAGAAACAGAGGAACCCAAAGUUGAGGAUAUGGAAGAAGACACUGAUCCAAAUGAAAAAGAGAAGACCAAAGAAAACUCUGAAGAACAGAAGGAAACUGAAAUGGAAGAAAAGAAAAUUGAUGAGACUAAUGAAGUAGAAGAGAAGGGAGAAGAGAAGGCAGAAGAGAAGGGAGAAGAGAAAGAAGAAGAGAAGGAAGCAGAGACGGUAGGAGAGAAGGCAGAAGAGAAGGAAGAAGAGAAAGAAGAAGAGAAGGCAGACGAGAAGGAAGCAGUGACGGAAGGAGAGAAGGUAGAGAAGGAAAAAGAGAUCGUAGAAGAGAAGGGAGAAGAGAUGGAAGAAGAGAAGGACGAGGAGAUGGAAGAAGAUAAGGAAGUAUUGAAGGACGAGGAGAUGGAAGAAGAGAAAGAAGAGAAGAAGGACGAGGAGAAGAAAGAAGAGAGAGAAAAAGAGGCCAAGGGGGUGAAAGGAUCGAAAAAGCGUGGACAACAAAAGAGUGGAGAGAACACUAAUGAGAAGAAGAAAAAAGUAUUAAAGAAGGAGCCGGAGCCAAGGACUCCUGCUAUUGAUCGUCCUGUACGUGAGCGGAAAUCAGUUGAAAGGCUGGUGGCAUCUAUUGAAAAAGAUACUACCCGGGACUUCCAAAUAGAGAAGGGAAGUGGUACAGCAUUGAAAGACAUACCUAAUGUGGCCUUCAAGUUAUCAAGGAAGAAAGUGGAUGAUUCCCUCAAACUACUUCAUACAAUUCUUUUCGGGGGAAGGAGAGGAAAGGCUCUUCAGGUCAAGAGCAACAUAUCCAGGUUUUCUGGUUUUGUGUGGCAUGGAAAUGAGGACAAGCAAAUGAGUAAAGUAAAAGAAAAAAUGGACAAGUGUAAUAAAGAAAAGUUACUGGAAUUUUGUGAUCUGUUCGACAUACCAACCUCCAGAGCUACUUCUAAGAAGGAGGAUAUAGUUGCAAAGCUGAUAGACUUUUUGGUUGCACCUCAUGCGACCACUACUGUGGUACUUGAAGAAAAAGAGCAGUCAAGUAAGGGCCAAAAGCGCAAGAGGGCAGCUAAAGGCAGUUCAUCAACAUCUGGGGGCUCUAGUUCAAAGCGGUCAGGAAAGUCUCGUAGAAAGAAUAAUGAUGAUUCAAAAUCAGAGGACAAGAAUACACCCGAUACAGAAGAUGAGUCAGAGGAAGAGGAGAAAGAAGAAGACGAAGAAAAGGUAGAGGAAGAAAUGGACGAUGUAGCUCAAGAGAAGUCUGAGGAUGAGAUGCUUGAGCGUUCAGAUAGUGAGGAGAAACAUGAUCCUUCAGAUGAUUCUGAAGAAGUGGACAAAAAGAAGCCACGUUCAAAAUCAUCAUCCAGAAAGAAGGAAUCUGCUGGAAAAGCUAAAACCAAAAAAGCUACAAUUUCUGCUAAAUCUACUCCUAAAUCCCCUCCACAGGCUAGCAAACCAAAGAAGUCAACACCAAAACGCACUCCGGCUGAUGAUGACAGUGACACGAGUCCAAAGCCAUCUUCAAGGAAGAAAAGAACUGAGAGAGCGUCAAAAGCCUCGACUCCAAAAGCCUCAACUCCAACAAAAUCUGUCAUGAAAGAAAAAACUGGGAAAAAAGUUGCUAAAGGGAAGGACAAGACCAAGGAGGAAAAGUUGAGGCCAAGUGAUGAUGAGCUGAGAAAUGCAAUAUGUGAGAUUCUCAAAGAAGUUGACUUUAAUACGGCUACUUUCACCGACAUUCUGAAGCAUCUUGCUCGGAAAUUUGAUACUGAUCUCAGUGUGAGAAAGUCGUCUAUAAAGGUAAUGAUCCAACAAGAGCUUACCAAAUUAGCUGAUGAGGCGGAUGAGGAAGAUGGAGAAGAUGCAGAGAAAGAUGAAACCCAAUCUGCUGGGGAAGUGGAAGCUUGAACAAGAAAGAUGGUAUGAUCUGCAUGGAACAGAGAUAGUAUUAGCUAUUAUCUUUCUUAUAUUCCCCCCUUGACUUUCCUUGUUCCCGCAUGUAAUAUUUAGUUUAUCACAGUUAGCUGGUUGUAAUUUAAUUUUGUGCUCCAUUUACUGGCAAGUAAACUAGUAAAGUUAGACCAGUGGAUGUGGAACCACACUGGUUGUGCUCUGCAAGAAUGCUGCGUGCUAUGUAAACAUUAACAUAAAUUUGUAGGAAUUUGUUUUAACUAACCUCUUUUGGAUGACAGUGAGUUUUGCUAUUGUUUUG